AUGAAAAAUGAUGUGAUGUGGCAGAUUGGAGGGCAACCAACCCAGGGAGGCGGAUCCCAGAGCCGGAACCCCUACUCACCAGUCCAACAGCAACAAGGCCAGCAGGAGGGCGGGUGUUGGCGCUGCAUCCCAGCCAACGCUCCAGGACUUCCGCGCAUCCCACCCCCAUAUGUGAAGGUACCCCAGCGAGCCAAAGCCCAUCCCGAGACUGUUAUGAUAGGGGGCUGCUCGGAUACCCUACGAGAGGCUGCGGAGGACCACGUCUGUCUCCCGGACUGUCGAACAAGUGGAUCUGUUCCAUGGCUUCUAUUUUCCAGCACCCCAUGCGAGGCGACCCAGGGCUCCUCCUGGCGCUCAGGCAAGACUCAGACUCGGGUUCAAGCUCGAGCUCAGGCUCAGACCGAGACUGAGACCCAGACUCAAGAUUCGUCGCCCUGA